GGAAAUACCAUACACAGAUUGACAGAGAGAGAAGGGAAAGGAGAGAAAUGAACAGAGGGGGAUACUGGAGGGGUAAGGUCCACUUAGCAUGUUAGUGUCUCGGUGUGUCUCAAUGGAGAUGCAAGAGACUCAUUGAAUGGGAUAUUCUCCACUGGGAAAGUACUCUCUGAAGGACCAUCUCUGACAGACUGGUAUAUGUCAGCUACCGCCACAGCUCCUCUGGAGAGACGUGAGAAACCAGAACCUCACGUCACUCUCCAUCUGAUUCCAGCCAUCACAGUUACGUCUACCACAGCACCACCACCUGCCUCUAUCCACCAUGAGUGACGACAGGGAAAGACAGGGUGCCGAUGGAGGCUACGGGGUCGAACAGCCGCCCAACGUCAAACCCAAACCUGACAGCAUCAAGAAGGAGAAAAAGGAGAAAUCCACCAAGGUGCGUAGGUCCAUGAGCACUGACUCCGUGAGAGGAGAGGGAUCUGGGAGAAGGAGGGAGAGAAAGAGAGACAAAGGGUUGAGGAGGGAGCGUGGUAGAAGUGAGGAGAACAGGAGGCAAGACAGGGCUGGAGAUGACAGCAACCGGAAGGAGUCUGACCCCCAGGAAAACGACAUGGAGGACACUGAGUGCGUGGUUUGCUUUUGCGAAUACGACAACGUCUUUAAAACCCCCAAGCUGCUCUCCUGCGGGCACACGUUCUGUCUGGAGUGCCUGGCCCGGAUCAACGUCACCUCCUUAGAGCUCAAGUCUCUUUCCUGCCCUGUGUGUCGAGAGCUCACCAACCUGCCCCACGGCCGCAACCUGCCCCAGCUGGGCAACAACCAGGACAUCUUCCGCAAACUCCCUCCAGAGAUGCAGAGGGCGCUGUCCGUGCGCUUCAAGCGCAGCAAGGGCAAGCUGGUCCUCAAGAAGCCCCCUCCUGGUACUACCAGCCUGGCCAUGUCCAGCCUCACCCUGCCCACUCUCAAGAAGCAGGACCGGCAGGCCUCCAGCAACCUCCAGCUGGGCACCAUAGAUCAGGGCCUCGCCACUGUCGUGGACGUGGGUCGCCCCCCUAGCAGGGUCAGAGGUCGCCUGCGCAGGAUGUUCCGCUCGGACCAGUGCUACUACACCGUGAUGGCAUCCAUCGUCACCAUCACCGUGGUGCUGAUGCUGAUGGGCAUCCUGGCCUUCAUGGUCAUGCCCAAUGUGGUCCUCCACAACGGCAGCCAACCCAACCAGGGGAAUUCCAGCCAACCAUGACCAGGUGGUCAAAUACCCUGAGGAAAAGACGGGAUAGUGGUGGGAUGAAGGGAAGAAUACCAGAGGAGAGAAUCACUCAGAUAUUUUCAGAGGAUUAAUAUUGUCAGGGAUCCUAAUAUCUGCCAUUUCAUUUUCUUUACUAAUACUCAGUUAUGAAGAAAAUGUGAAUUAACUGAAAAGAAAGGUGACCCCGAAAGCACGAGUGCACACUCAACUGGGGUCAACACAUAACAAGGACCAUGUUGUUAAUGAAGGACUGAUGCACAAGAAGUACUAAUGGGAAAAGUGUCGCAAGAGUUAUUUUUUAUCCACCAUUUUGUCUUCCUUCCUGCAGUAUAAAGAUCAUGAACAUGGAACAUUUACCCAAAUGUGAACGGGACAGCUAUUGCGGUGAAGUCAGAGAGGACAAUUAAUGUUGUCUGGGGAAUGUAAUUCAUUAUAAAGUUGUGUACUAUGUAAUUGCACUGAAGUCUGCCAUGGAGAAUUAUUACAAGUAAGAGAUUAUUUGAUUACACUGAGCAUUAUCUUAUUCUUUACAUUGCAAAGUAAACAUGUUCAGCUCAAGAUUUUGUUUUACAUUCAUUGAUGUCUAACUAAUGUAUAUUUACAUACAAAAUAUGAAUAUACAUAUAGAGUUCAAAUAAGAAUGAUACAUUUGUAAAAAAACAACAACAUAAAAACAACGGAAUAGGUCUCUCUUGUCAUAGCAGAGUCUCUCUUGUCCUACCACACUGAAAUGAAUGACAUUUCCAAUAGACCCAGUGCCAUGUUACAUGCACGUUGCACGUACAUACACGUUGCCUUACAGUAAAACCAAAUGUGCUGAUUUGAUUUCUGAUAAGAUCUUUGCCUAUCGGUACCUUGGUUGCACCUUCCUCUUUUAGUCCCAUUAGAGAAUAAUUUUCUUUUUGUUUAUAUACUAUUUCCUGACAGGUUCUGUGUGUGUGUGUGUGUGUGUGUGUGUGUGUGUGUGUACUGUUUAAACAUUUUACUGAAAGCUACACUAUACAAAACAUUAACAACACCUGCUCUUUCAAUUACAUAUACUUACCAGGUGAAUUCAAGUGAAAUCUAUGAUCCCUUAAUGAUGUCACUUGUUAAAUCCACUUCAAUCAGUUUCGAUAAGGGGAAGAGACGGGUUAAAGAAGGGUUUUGAAGCCUUGAGACAUGGAUUGUGUAUGUGUGCCAUUCAGAGGGUGAAUGGGCAAGACAAAGGAUUUAAGUGCCUUUGAACUGGGUAUGGUAGUAGGUGCCAGGCGCACCGGGGUGCAACUCAAUAUUAGGAAGAUGUUCCUAAUGUUUGGUAUACUUAGUGUAUGUAUCAGUGAAACAGUGUCACUCAUGACUAGUUGUAGUUGUAGUAGCUAUGUUUUCCAUUCUAUGGUUGUCAGUGUGACAGAAAAACCUCUCACAAGGCACCUUGCAUGCAAAUAUUUCAUAAUGGAAAGGAGGCAGUGACAUUUGACAGCAUGACUAAGUGUAUGUGUUGUGUAACAUGCAAGCGUUUUAUUAAUUGUUUAAGGAAUAUGCUCUUAAUCAUUAAAAUAUAAAAUUCGAAUGGUUA